UUACACACACAGCGCUUUGAAACUCUAUUAUAUACCAGUAAAAUGGAGAUAUGUUCACUGCCUGUUCCAGCCAAGAAUGGAAAGAGCUUAGAUGAAAUUCGUAAAUCUGCGAAAUUUCAUCCAUCUAUAUGGGGAGACUUCUUUCUUAAAUAUAAUAUAGACAACACGAAAAUUACUGAUGCUGAACAAGAAGAACUCACAAAGCAGAAAGAAAUGGUCAGAAAAUUGCUAGCUCGAACCCCAGACGAUUCAACGUACAAAUUGGAACUUAUCGAUGUGAUUCAACGCUUGGGAGUGGAAUAUCAUUUCGAAAAAGAAAUUGAGGAAUCCAUUAAAUAUAUUCAUCACAAUUACAAGCACCAAAAUAGCAAAGACAGCGAUGAUCUCCGCACCGUGGCUCUUCGUUUUCGUCUGCUUAGACAACAAGGUUACAACGUCUCAUGUGAUGUAUUUCGUAGAUUCAUUGACAAUGAGGGAAAUUUUGUGGCAUCGUUGGGAGACAAUGUUGAAGGUUUGUUGAACUUAUAUGAGGCAGCACAUCUUGCAACACAUGGAGACGAGAUUUUGGACAAAGCAAUAGAGUUUUGUUCGUCUCAUCUUCGUGCUUUGCUACUCAACAAGAUGAUUGAUGUACCUCUCUCUAAACGUGUUAACGAAGCUGUGAUUCUGAAUAUGCCAUUUCGCAAGAGUCUCACAAGAUUGGGUGCCAGAAAGUUCAUACCUGUAUACGAAGAAGACGAGUCGCAUAAUGAGAUACUGUUGAAUUUCGCAAAAUUAGAUUUCAAUGUUGUGCAGAAGAUGCACCAGAGAGAGCUGAGUGAUGCUACAAGGUGGUGGAAAAAAUUGGAUGUGGCAAACAAAAUGCCUUAUGCGAGAGACAGAAUUACGGAAUGUUUCUUUUGGAUGGUUGGGGUCUACUUUGAGCCAUGUUAUGCGAAUGCAAGAAAAAUUUUGCUUAGAUUCUUUAGUAUGGCUUCCAUUAUUGAUGACACUUACGAAUAUGCAACGCUAGAUGAACUACAAAUUCUGACCGAUGCUAUUCAACGUUGGGAUAUUAACGCGAUCUUGGAAGAUUCGCCAUCAUACAUCCAAAUGUGCUACCGAAGCGUUAUUGAAACUUAUAAUGAAAUCGAAAAUGAAAUGGAGAAAAGGGGAGAAUCAUACCGUGUCCAGUAUGCAAUAAAAGAUAUGAAAAAAUUAGUGAUGGCAUAUUUUGAAGAGCCAAAAUGGUUGUAUAAUAAGUAUACUCCGACAGUGGAGGAGUACUUGAAGGUGUCCGUUGUAUCAUGUGGUUACAUGGCAAUGUCAACUACUUCUUUAGUAGGUAUGGGAGAUCAAGUGAGGAAAGAAGAUUUCGAUUGGAUUAUAAACGAACCUCUAAUAGUUCUAGCAUCGUCUACAAUUUGUCGAUUAAUGGACGAUUUAGUCGGAGAUGAGUAUGAGCAGAAACCCUCAUCGGUGGAUUGUUACAUGAAACAAUAUGGUAUGUCGAAGGAGGUAGCUUGUGCUGAACUCCAACGACAAGUGAAGAAUGCGUGGAAGGAUAUGAAUCAAGAAUGCCUCGAGCCAAGGUCGGUCUCUAUGCCAAUCCUUAUGCGCGUUUUCAAUCUUGGUCGUGUCAUCCACCUUCUCUAUUCAGACGACGAUUGCUAUGCCAAUCCUAUCAAGUCCAAAGAAUCUAACAAUUGGGAAGUCAGAAGGCUAUCUUGACGAACUGACAACUCGACUAGAUAGAAGAAGGGAAGGGGAGGAAUCUGAGGCUGUAAAC